GAACUACAUCUUUGAAUUGCGCUACGUCUAAGUACGAGAGUCCUGUACCCAUAUAUAUGCUUGUACCUUUAACAAACUGAGCAGAAGGUGUAGGGGAGGAGAGGGGGAAGGGUCCAGCGCGUCGGUUCCUUUCGGCAAACCCGCUCCUUAACAAGUUCUUUCAGAAAAAAACAAGACAGAGAAGACAUCUUUCAAUACCACCGCGAGAAAAUAAUAGCCUGAAGAGACUUUGCAAUACUGCAAUUGUUCAUCCUUCCCUUCCCGCGCUGUACAUCAUAACCCUUUCGCCAUGCCAAAUAUAGUAAUUUUCAGUGGCAGUUCCCACCACGAUCUGUCACAAAAAGUGGCAGACAGGCUCGGACUGGAACUAGGAAAAGUGGUCACAAAGAAAUUCAGCAACCAAGAAACAUGUGUCGAGAUUGGAGAAAGCGUUCGGGGGGAGGACGUCUACAUUGUGCAGAGUGGAUGUGGGGAAAUAAAUGACAACUUGAUGGAGCUGUUGAUCAUGAUCAAUGCCUGUAAGAUUGCGUCAUCUUACCGGGUGACUGCAGUUAUUCCAUGCUUUCCUUAUGCCAGACAAGACAAGAAGGAUAAGGGUCGUGCUCCCAUCUCUGCAAAGCUUGUAGCCAACAUGCUGUCAGUUGCAGGAGCAGAUCACAUCAUUACCAUGGACCUGCAUGCUUCACAGAUUCAGGGUUUCUUUGACAUUGCUGUGGACAAUCUGUAUGCAGAGCCUGCUGUUAUUCAGUGGAUUAAAGAAAAUAUCCCAGAAUGGAAAAACGGUAUCAUUGUGUCUCCUGAUGCCGGGGGAGCAAAAAGAGUCACCUCAAUUGCUGACCGACUGAACGUGGAGUUUGCCCUCAUUCACAAAGAAAGAAAGAAAGCCAAUGAAGUGGAUCGAAUGGUGUUAGUGGGUGAUGUGAAAGACCGAGUGGCUAUUCUCGUAGAUGACAUGGCGGACACAUGUGGCACAGUCUGCCAUGCUGCUGACAAAUUGUUAUCUGCAGGUGCUACCAAGGUGUAUGCUAUACUGACCCAUGGGAUCUUCUCUGGCCCUGCCAUUUCCCGGAUAAACAAUGCUGCAUUUGAGGCUGUUGUAGUUACCAACACCAUUCCACAGGAAGAAAAAAUGAAACAGUGCCCAAAGAUUCAGGUGAUUGAUAUUUCAAUGAUCCUUGCUGAAGCCAUCCGAAGAACACACAAUGGAGAAUCUGUGUCUUACCUGUUCAGUCAUGUCCCGUUAUAAUAGAGAAGAAAAGAAAGACCUACAUUUUCUUCUGCUUCUUCAAGCUUCCAGUUGUGACACACCUACCUGAAACAGUGCAGAGCCAAAGCAAUUCUGACCUGCACACAAAUGACUUAAGCAUUUCUUGAGUAGCCAUUCCAGCUACAGGGGCCAUUUCUUCACAGAUCUUUCCACACCUUGAUGCCAGGGCGCAUUCAUACUUCAUUCCCCAGAACAAUGAAUGUUGCCUUAAAGCAGGGGCUUGGCUUACCUUAUACCUAUUGAUUGUAGUUUUCGGGUUUUAUUUUUGAUCACAUGACGUCCCUUUUUUAAAACUUAUUUUGAGCCGAUUUCUGUUUCCCAAUUAAACUCAGUAAAACCUGUUAAUUACAAAACAAUGUCACUUGUUUUACCUUCAUAUCUUGACUGAGCCUGAUUUGGUUUCUCUUUAUUUUUAUUUCAAAGAGACGUAUCAAAUUUAUCUGCACACGUGAACUGCUGAUUGCUGAUCGUAAUUGCAUUUUGUUCUUGCAGUCGCUUAGUUUCUUUUGUUAUUUUCACUCGUUUUAACAGAGUUGUCCUGACUGCUUUUACUUUUCAGUGUAAAAUACCCACAACGGAAUUUAUACUGGUAGCAUGUCCAUUAUUUAAAAUAGCCUUGAUUUGUAGCAAAGAGGAACAUCAUCUUAAACCUAGUCCUUAAUUAGUAGUUUUCUCUUUAUUAGGAUGCAGAGACAGCUUAACAACGACUAAUUUAGGGAGGUAGAGAUUUGAAAAAUAAAAACCGAAAAGUUCAAGCUGUACUUGUACCUCAUUGUGUUUGCAACUCAGUCUGAAUGACAAAUUGAGUUGGUCUUCUUUUAAAAUGCUUUAAUAGCAGAAUCAGUUUUUUAUAUAUAAUACAAAGAAUUUAGCUACCUUAUGUCAGUAGUUUGGGUGAAGACCCUGUUCACUUGCUAUAUAAAGUCUUAAUUUUAUGUCUCACUUUUAAAUGACACAGAAGCAUAUGUUUUGUUGGCGUUGUUUAAAAUGUUUUUCAGUAAUUUUUUGUAUUGAAUGCUCAGGAUAUUUGCCAGUGUGAUUUGGAAUUGAUAAAAUGUCUG